AUGCGUCUGGUUAACGGGGAAACGUUAACGGAUAUUCAAAGCAGUCCUGCUAAUAUUCGAAAUAUUUGUAUAUUGGCGCAUGUCGAUCAUGGCAAAACCACCUUGGCGGAUUCGUUGGUCGCCAGCAAUGGAAUCAUUUCUAAUAAACUUGCCGGUAAACUUCGAUAUUUGGAUAGCCGUCCGGACGAACAGCUACGAGGGAUUACGAUGAAAUCGAGUUGCAUCGCUCUUUACCAUAAGCAUAAUUACCAAGAGUUUGUAAUUAAUUUAAUAGAUUCUCCGGGACACGUGGAUUUCGCUUCGGAAGUUUCAACAGCGGUUAGACUUUGCGAUGGAGCCGUUAUCGUGAUCGAUGCGGUGGAAGGUGUAUGUCCGCAAACGCGCAGCGCGUUGUCCAUUUCUUACGAGGAAGGUUUGAAAGCAAUUUUAGUGUUGAACAAAAUCGAUAGAUUAAUUACGGAAAUGAAAUUGUCUCCGUUGGAUGCUUACGUGCACUUGACGCAGGUUCUAGAACAGGUGAACGCUGUUAUGGGAGAAUUAUUUGCUAGCGAUGUAAUGGAACGAGAAGAAAGAGAGGGGCUCGGAAAGAAAAGCGUAGAGUGCGUUUCCGAAAGAAAUCUAGAAGAUUGGCAAUCCGUACUCGAAGACUUUGACGAUUCUGGGUUAUAUUUUUCUCCGGAGCAAGGUAACGUUUUGUUCUCGAGUGCCACCGAUGGUUGGGGAUUCGGCUUGAAAGAGUUCGCCAAAAUGUUUUCCGCGAAAUUGGGCUUUAGCGAGAAAGUUUUGUUGAAAACGCUGUGGGGCGAUUUUUACGUGAAUAGCAAAACGAAAAGGAUAAUGAAAGGAGCCCAGGAACGAGCUAAAAAACCUCUGUUCGUUCAGGUUAUUUUGGAGAAUCUUUGGACUUUGUACGAAACUGUAACCGUACGAAAGGAUAAAGAAAAGAUAGGUUCGAUGGCCGAAAGGCUCGAUAUCAAAUUAACAACCAGAGAUUUACGACACACGGAUCCUAAAGCACAAUUGCAAGCUAUUUGCUCUCAAUGGCUCCCUUUGGCUCGCGCUUGUCUCGACGCGAUAUGCGACAAAGUUCCGUCGCCUGAUAAUUUGACCUCUGAAAAGGUAGAGCGUUUGCUAAGCGGAAACUUUGAUUUCUGUACGCUACCGGCUGAAACGCAACGAUUAAAGGAAGCGUUUUUGGCUUGCGAUUCUUCUCUGGAGUCACCUAUCGUUGUGUUUAUUUCAAAAAUGUUUCCAGUAGAGAAAAAAAGCUUACCAGAGAAUAAACAGAAACCGUUGACACCGGAGGAGUUGGCGCAGAGAAGAGAACUAGCCCGCAUGAAACACGCGGAGAAAAGGAUGCAACGCGAGGAGAGCACGGAGAGAUCGGAUCUUGGAAUAUCAUCGGACGAUACCGAGACCGAGACCGAGACCGAGACCGAGACCGAGACCAAGACGGUUAAUCAGGCGAAAGACGAAUGUUCGGAAACCGCGCUGGUAGCGUUCGCCCGAAUUUACUCUGGAAUUUUGAAGAAGGGGAGCAAGGUGUUUGUUCUGGGACCGAAACACGAUCCCCGCGAACACGAGAAAGUAGCCGAAUUACCGAUAGACGACGAUACCACGCUUAAAGAUUUAAAGCCCGGGAGACACGUGACCAGAGUGACGGUGCAGAGACUCUACCUUCUGAUGGGCAGGGAACUGGAAUGUACGGAUAGCGUGUCAGCGGGUAAUGUGUUUGGAAUCGGCGAUUUAGAGGAACACGUGUUGAAGACAGCUACUCUCUCCACCACCCUUGCUUGUCCGUCUUUUUCAGAGCUAACUUCGCUCGGCGUACCUAUAAUGCGGGUAGCUCUCGAGCCGAAACACCCAAACGAUCUGCAAGCAUUGAGAAACGGUUUAAAGUUGCUGAAUCAAGCGGAUGCGUGCGCCGUUGUUCGUGAACAAGAAACCGGAGAAAUCGUCCUGAACACCGCCGGAGAAAUGCAUCUGGAAAGAUGCUUGGAAGAUUUGAGAGUAAGAUACGCCAAAGUCGAGAUAAACGUAUCGGAACCCAUCGUACCGUUCAGAGAGACGAUCGUUCCUCCUCCAAAAGUUGACAUGGUGAACGAGGCGAUCGAAAAGAAGACCGAGGACGCGAGCUUUGCCACACGGACGAAACAGUAUUAUUUCGAGAUAGAUGCCAGGCCCUUGCCCGAAAAAGUAACCAAGAUUUUGGAGAAUAAUGCGGAUCUGAUAAAGGCGGUUUAUCAUCAUUAUGGUAAAUUGUCGUCGGAAAAGGAGACGGAAAUGGAAAUUGAAAUGGGAAAGGAACCGGAGGCCGAUGAAACAGACACGUUGCGUUUAAUAUCCGAGAAAAAACUAAAAGCAUUGGAGUCAUUCAAGUCAGAGUUGGAAAAUGCUUUUCGAGAGGCUGGUCAACGAGAAGACGUGUUGCAUAAUAUAUGGUCUUUCGGACCGCGGAAUUGCGGUCCCAAUAUCCUACUGAACGAAACCGAUUAUAAUCAGACGAAAUUUUGGGAGGUACACUCCAAGUCUACCGAUCCACGUUUUCCAUACGAAAGCGGUUUGGUCAAUGGUUUUCAAUUGGCAACACUUGCCGGCCCGUUGUGCGAAGAGCCAAUGACGGGUGUCUGUUUUGUCCUGAAGAAGUGGCAAGUUUAUCAAGAUUCCCAUAGCGAAAAUUCCGGCGAAAUCCAAGCUCACGCGGGUGGUCAUUUAAUGUCAAAGUUCAAAGAAGCUUGUCGGCGUGCGUUUAACUCCAGACAUCCUCGACUAGUCACACCGAUGUACAGCUGCAGCGUUUUGGUCAAUUCAGACGUACUGGGAAAAUUGUACGCAGUAUUUGGGAAAAGACAAGGCCGCGUGAUUGCCGCGGAAAGUGCUGGAUUCGGUGGACAGUUUCGCGUGUUAGCAACGUUACCCGUACCUGAAAGUUUUCACCUUGCCAGUGAGUUGCGAACUCAAACGUCCGGGCUGGCUAGUCCACAAUUGGUUUUCAGUCAUUGGGAGGUGAUCGAGCAAGAUCCUUACUGGACACCUUCCACGGACGAGGAAUACCUUCACUUCGGUGACAAAGCAGACAGCGAAAACAGAGUAAAAAAGUACAUCGAUGCGGUUCGUCGUCGCAAAGGUUUACCCGUGGAUUCUCAACUCGUUAUGCAUGCGGAAAAACAACGCACCCUUUCAAAAAACAAAUAAUCCGAACACGAUGUAUGUCGUAAAGAUACGAUCGCGACUGCAGGCAUACGAUACAUUUCCAUAUUAUAUUUUCCUUGUUGUUAGCUAGAAAAACAUAGAAAUUCUGUGUGCGUCGGCGUCGGCGUCGGUUCGACUUUACGGAUCGUCCGUAUCUGGCAGGAAGGAGCGCGAUCGCCGAACAAACGUUUCAAACAACUUUAUCUCCACUAUUAAAUAAAUCACUCUGCAAAUAAAUUACGUAAUCUUGAAAUUCUAUUUCGAAGCAAUUCGCAUGUGCGACUAAACUAUGGACUUUUUUACACUUGGACUAUGGAAUAAACUUUUAUAGGUAGUCACAGACAGGAUA